AUGGUCAUAAAUCUCAAAGACUCUAACUUUUCCAUAAAAUGCAGCCUGGGAUGACAAGUGGUUAAAGUACACACAGCAUCUUGAAUCCAAUUGAGAUCCCAUCCAAACACCACUUGUUAAUAUCAUUUUUACAUUACUUGCUUAUCCUCUAUGUGUUUGUAAAAAGUGAACUGUAGUUUCACCUAUCUCAGAGAGUUGUUGGGAAAAUUUAAUGAGAUAAUUCCAUUAAGACAAAUAGAAAAAUGACUGUCACAUGUGAAGCAUUUCCAAUAGAUAUCCACUGUUAGAACAGUAAUCAAAAUUAAUGUUUUACUGUAUGCCAUGAAUCGGCACCAUUGAAAUUGAUGAAUUAGUAUAGAAGUUCUAAAGAAAUCGUUUUGAUCAAAUAUAAAGACUUUGGAAGAAAAUUACAACUGAAAAUAGAAAUUUUGGAAAAGUUCAAAUGACAUAUAAGGAAAAGAUAUAUUUACAUAUUUAAUACUUACACAUUUAGCCACAUGAUGUCGCUGUCCACCACGAGGUCUCUCUCCACAAAAGAAAUAGAGCGUGCAUUAGGUAUUCAGAUGUUGCUUUUCUUUAUCAUCUCUGAAAGAUGGUAACGGCGAGGAGUUUAAGAAAUGAACAAUAAGGAACUCAAAUUGUUUUUUUAAUUUCGGAUCUAUGUAAGAGCGACUCAAUAUUUGGAAAAGGCUUGCAAUGUUGUUUUCCUGGCGAGAAGAUCCUGGAGCCCGGCGCCUGCUGCUCUCGCUCCUGCUCCUCGCAGCCUGGAGAACUGGGAGCGGCCAGCUCCACUACUCGGUCCCCGAGGAGGCCAAGCACGGCACCUUCGUGGGCCGCAUCGCGCAGGACCUGGGGCUGGAGCUGGCGGAGCUGGUGCCGCGCCUGUUCCGGGUGGCGUCCAAGGACCGCGGGGACCUUCUGGAGGUGAAUCUGCAGAAUGGCAUUUUGUUUGUGAAUUCUCGGAUCGACCGGGAGGAGCUGUGCGGGCGGAGCGCGGAGUGCAGCAUCCACCUGGAGGUGAUCGUGGACAGACCCCUGCAGGUGUUCCACGUGGAGGUGGAGGUGAAGGACAUUAAUGACAACCCGCCAGUUUUUCCAAUGGCGGUGAAAAAUUUGUUUAUUUCCGAAUCUCGACAGCCUGGCUCCCGGUUUUCGCUAGAGGGCGCAUCAGAUGCAGAUAUCGGAACAAAUUCAUUGUUAACUUACAACCUUGACUCCACUGAAUAUUUCACCUUGGAUGUUAAAAGAAAUGAUGAGGAAAUUAAAUCCCUUGGACUUGUGUUGAAAAAACUUUUAAAUCGAGAGGACACUCCUAGGCAUCAUUUACUAAUAACAGCAGUUGAUGGUGGGAAACCAGAGCUCACGGGUACUACUCAAGUGAAGAUCACCGUUUUAGAUGUAAACGACAACGCCCCAGAGUUUGAGAGGUCGGUCUACAAAGUUAGAUUAUUCGAAAAUGUACCAAAUGGUACCCUAGCGGUAAUCGUUAAUGCCUCUGAUUUGGAUGAAGGCGUAAAUAAGGACAUUGUAUAUUCUUUCAAUACAGACACAUCAGCAUAUAUUCUGUCGAAGUUCCACUUAGAUCCUGUGAAUGGAUACAUCAGUGUAAAGGGCAACAUAGAUUUUGAGGAAACUAAGUCAUAUGAAAUCCAGGUAGAAGCGACGGAUAAAGGAAAUCCACCAAUGGCAGAUCAUUGCACAGUUCUAGUGGAAAUUCUGGACGUCAACGAUAAUGUACCAGAGUUGGUUAUCAAAUCACUAUCAUUACCAGUAUUAGAAGACUCUCCACUGGGCACAGUCAUCGCGCUGAUCAGCGUGUCCGACCGCGAUUCAGGUGCCAACGGACAGGUCACCUGCAACCUGACGACCCAUGUCCCCUUCAAACUGGUGUCCACCUUCAAGAAUUACUAUUCGCUGGUGCUUGACAGCCCCCUGGACCGGGAGACUGUUUCCGUCUAUGAUCUGGUGGUGACGGCCCGGGACGGGGGCUCGCCUUCGCUGUGGGCCACCGCCAGCGUGUCCGUGGAGGUGGCCGACGUGAACGACAACGCGCCGGCCUUCGCGCAGCCGAUUAACGGUGUUCGUGAAGGAGAACAACCCGCCGGCUGCCACAUCUUCACGGUGUCGGCGCGGACGCGGACGCGCAGGAGAACGCGCGGUGUCGUACUCGCUGGUGGAGCGGCGGGUGGCAAGCGCGCGCUGUCGAGCUACGUGUCGGUGCACGCGGAGAGCGGCAAGGUGUACGCGCUGCAGCCGCUGGACCACGAGGAGCUGGAGCUGCUGCGGUUCCAGGUGUUUGUCCUGGAUGAGAAGAACAAGCGCCAGCGCUGCUGGCGCCUCGGUGUGGCACCGUUGCGCGUGAGUGAGCUGUUGUCCGGUCUGUGGGGCGCGGGCCACGUGUGGGCGAAGGUGCGCGCGGUGGACGCGGACUCUGGUACAACGCGUGGCUGUCGUAUGAGCUGGAGCCGCGGCGGGAAGCGCGCGCAGCCCGUUCCGCGUGGGGCUGUACACCGGCGAGAUCAGCACGAGCGCGCCCUGGACGAGGCGGACGCGCCGCGCCAGCGCCUGCUGGUGCUGGUGAGGGACCACGGGGAGCCCGCGCUGACCGCCACGGCCACCGUGCUCGUGUCGCUGGUGGAGGGCGCCCAGGCACCAAAGGCUUCUUCGCGGGCGUUGGCGGCGCUGUGGCCCGGAGGCGGCGCUGGUGGAUGUCACGUGUACCUGAUCAUCGCCAUCUGGCGGUGUCCAGCCUGCUGGUGCUCACGCUGCUGCUGUAACACGGCGCUGCGGUGCUCGGCGCGCCCCAGCGAGGGCGCGUGCGGGCCGGGCAAGCCCAGGCUGGUGUGCUCCAGCGCGGUGGGGAGCUGGUCACACUCGCAGCAGAGGCGGCAGAGGGUGUGCUCUGGGGAGGGUCUGCCCAAGACCGACCUCAUGGCUUUUAGCCCCAGCCUCUCACCCUGUCCAGUUAGCAAAGACAGAGAGGAGCAACAGGAUGUGGACAUUGAUCUCCACGCCAAAAUUGACAUUUAUUUUAAUUAG